AUGGCCUUCACAUCUCAGAUGCAUGCCCAGUACUUCAGGCAAAAUCCACUGACCGUGGACACCAUGAACGCACAGAAGUUCUUUGACGAGGACGACAGCGGGAUCCUGGACGACGGCAUCCUCGACCACAGCGCCAUCGACUCUGGGCUCGAGUUGUCACCACCCAUGGCUGGCAGCCGGAGAGACUCCUUCGCCGUAUCUGCAUCGUUGUUCUCGCCAAAGACUGAAGACUGGCAGUCUGUCGAUAUGCAGUCCCUCCCAUCAAACAACCCAUUCCUGGAGCCGCAGCACCACCACAGCACAAACCCCUUCGCUCGUGGUGACCAGACCUCGGCGGCCUAUGUCGCCCAGUCGCAAGCUUGGUCCAUUGGCCAGGGCUCCGGAACCUGCACACCUUUCCAGUUUGACGGACUUGACACUGCAUUUGACAACAACGCGGCCCUCUUCCCACAGCGAACAGUCCCGGCUCAGACACCAUUCGGCAACCCAGGAGCCCAGGUUGCAGCACUCUUCUCCAAUGUCGGCAAUCACACCAUCCCCUCUUCGCCCCAAAAGGACUGGAUGGGCCAGGACAUCAAGGGUCAGCCCAUGGCUAAGCGCAUGCGGCCGUCAUCCCCGACCGGCAUUCGCUCCCACAACGAGCUGCGCCGUGGCGACGGGAUCCGCAAGAAGAAUGCCCGCUUUGACAUUCCUGCUGAGCGCAAUCUCCUCAACAUCGACAACCUCAUUGCCCAGUCGACAGAUGAGCAAGAGGUCAAGGAGCUGAAGCAGCAGAAGCGUCUUCUUCGCAACCGGCAAGCUGCUCUCGACUCUCGCCAGCGGAAAAAGAUGCACACAGAGCGACUCGAGGAUGAGAAGAAGCAGUUCACCUCCCUUGUCAAUGGCAUGGAGGAGGAGAUUGCUGAACUCAACAUGAAGCUUGACGCUCUCCUGCGCGAGAACCAUCAACUCAAGAACCACAUUGACGUUGUUGUCAUGGAGAAAGAGGAGUUGGUUCAAGCUCACACCAUGGAGACCGGCGACCUGCGCAAGAAGGUCAGCGUCCUCACCGACCAUGUACAAAGACUUGAGAGCUCGACUGUCAACGCAAACAACGGCUUCAACAACGGCUUUGGCGACAUGGAGUCCAUGCCUAUGGAUGCUCCCUGGGACAGCAUGAACUUUAUUGGCGAGUAUCCUGCUGCUCAAGAGUCCAAGACCGAGCUCCAGAUGGUACCUGCCAAGAAGCCUGAAGUCUCGCUGCCUGCCCAGCUGGACAAGCCUGCCAACCAGGGAGGUCUUCUCUUCAUGCUCUUCCUCGUCGGUGCCUUUGUUCUGUCCAACCGCUCCACGCCGCAGAUCCCCAAAGUCUCUGAGGAUGUUCGCGCUGCGUCCGAGUCUCUCCUCAACGAUGUCCUCAAGGACGCUGCGCUUGCCCAUGGAUCUGAUUCGGUCAUGGCUAUGGCUCCUCAGCCUUCCGGUGCUAGCUGGGCUGGACCAUCAUCGAUCCCUACCCCCACUGGCAUGAUGGAUGGUGUUGCCCCCUCUAUGCUCGGAGCCAUGGCCGACUCCUUGACCCAGCCUACUGAGCAGCAGACCAACGAGCAGCUCUUUGGCCUGACGCCCGCGCAGUACAACGCCGUUCAGGAACAGACCUUUAUCCGCCCUGCGCCCCCUCGCUCGACCAGCGAGGGCCGCCGAAAUCUCGCGGAGUCGCUUGCAGCUAUGCGCAACAGCGACAAGCAGACUGCUGCCGAGGUUUACACGCGAUCAUUACUCUGGGACCAGAUCCCCCGCGACGUGGUCAGGAAUUUUGCCAAGAUGAUCGCAGAGUCAAACAGUGCGAAUGGCAAUCAGCCACAUGAUACAAACAUUUGA